UCCGCAGCAUCCGCGCCUCCCUCUCUCACUCCCUCGGUCUCUCUAACUCCACAAACUAAACAGAGCGGUUGGAAAGGGGGAAAAAAAUAAUCAAAGCCCUAGAAGAAGAGAGGAGAAUAGCCGGGAGAUCGAGCUCUCUCUCACAGCAGCGCUAGAAGGCGGAGGAGAUGCAGGAGAGCGUGCUCUCGGCUCGGCGGUCUCCGCCGUGCCCGGAGGAGGAGGAUGGAGACGAUGAGUCCAAGACCCGUAAGCACGCCUCGUUCGCCGCCCGGAUCUCCAAGCACGCCCGCCUUGGCUCCGUUUCCCACUGCCUCGCCGUGUCCCUCGCUCUCCUCCUCCUCCUCCUCCUCCUUGUCGCCUGCUUCCUCUUCUCCCGCUCGCGCCCGGUGAUAUGUGUCUCCGCCUACGAUUCCAUCGCUCGCAACGCCCUCUUUGGGGCCAACCUCGAGGGCCUCGCCUCCGAUUUCGGCUCCCUCGGCGUUCCCUGGUGCAGAUCGAAACAUGGCACAACUGUAGAGUGGACAACAAAGGAUCUACUCAAAGGCUUGGAAGAGUUUGUGCCGAUCUAUGAGACCCGUCCAAUCAAGAACAACAAGUAUGGUAUGGGCUUUGACCAUAGCUUUGGACUCUGGUUCAUGGCCCGCUGGCUUAAGCCAGAUCUGAUGAUUGAGAGCGGUGCAUUCAAGGGGCAUUCUACAUGGGUCCUUCGACAAGCAAUGCCGGAGACAUGGAUUAUAUCGCUUUCUCCUCGACACCCGGAGAAGUAUCUGAAGAAGGGGCCAGCCUAUGUUGAUGAGAACUGUACUUACUUUACUGGCAAGGAUUUUUUGGAUUUUGGAAGUGUCAACUGGGCAAGUGUUAUGAAGAAGCAUGGGAUUUCAGAUCUCAGCCGGGUGCUCGUAUUCUUUGAUGAUCACCAGAAUGAGCUGAAGAGAUUAAAGCAGGCACUGAAAGCUGGAUUCCGGCAUCUUAUAUUUGAGGAUAACUAUGAUACUGGAACUGGAGACCAUUAUUCCCUAAGGCAAAUAUGUGACCAAUCUUAUAUUAGAGGUGGUGGGCAUAGCUGCUUCAAAGAUAGCGAUGAAGCAAGAAUAAGGAUAAAAAGAAAAAGGUUCUGGGAGAAGGCUUUGGACAUUGAUGAACUUUGUGGGAAGGGUGAAGCAUGGUGGGGUGUUAGAGGAUACAUGCGUGAUGAUUUUAACCACAGCAAUAAGGCAAUCUCCUAUGCAGAACAUUUUCAAAACAGCAGGUUUGUGGAGUCAGUGUUGGAUGUGUACUGGGAACUCCCACCAGUGGCUGGUCCCUCUCUUACCCAUCAAACUAGAUAUGACCCUGCUCGUGCACCUGAACCAAUAAUUGAAGAUGGAAGGUAUGGUGUAUUUAGGAGGCUUGGUCUAGCAAGACUUGAAACCUCAGUAUUCAAUGGAUACACACAGAUGGUAUAUCUUCAGAUAUCUGCCCCACCUCUCAAGUAUAUGCAGAGAUUUUGAAGGUGCCUUUUUUUUUUUGUUGUCCCCAUAUGUGUGGACUGUGGAAUCUAUGAUCUGUUUCAUAUGUUAGCUUGUUUAGCUUUUGCUUAUGCCUGUUUACUUCCGUUUUUCGUAAAUACUGUAUGUUUUUCAUUUUAAUGGAUUUGCAACAUCAGCAUCAUAUAUGGAGUACUUCUAGAGUUUUGUUUGGUAAGUUAA